UUUUAAGCCGCCAACGAGACGGCAUCGAGUUUUCUCUAGGGUUUCAAUCCCUCUAUCUCCCUCUUCUCCUCCUCUGCCGCCGCCACUGUUCGAUCGAGAGAUGGGAGGCAAAUGCCCUCACCGCAAAGUGAAGAAGCGGAGGUUCUCCCACAAGACUGCACGCCGCUCCAAAUUCCUCCUCAAAGGUGACGAUGCGGUCUAUGAUGAGCUGCUGAAGCUGGCCGAGGUCGGAGAAGGGAAAGCCUUGCCUGUUGAUGAGGAUCUCCCUGGGAUGGGCCAGUUCUAUUGCCUCCAUUGCGACCGAUAUUUUGCAAAUAUGGAGAUUAGGGAUGAGCAUUUCAGGUCUAAGCGCCAUAAAAAAGAGGCUGAAGCUAAUGGAUGGACCAGCACCACACACCCAACUGGAUGCUGAUUUAGCCGCCGGGAUGGGAAUGCCCGACAAUGGACCAAAGCUUAUGUCAGCAUAGAACUUUCUGCUUCUUCAGAUCUCACUGUCCUUUUGGUGUUCUCGUCUAAACUCACAGUUUGUCAGCUAAGCAUAUUGGAGGACAUGUACUUAUUGGUUACGGUUUAUCAACUAAACACAGAGUGAUUAUUACCGGUUUUCGAUGACAAGGAAUUCUAACUGCCUGCAAACCUCCAAAGCACAAGGAAUUUUCAGGUUUGGAACUUUUGAAGCAUAUAUAUGUUAUGUUAAGGUCAAUGCUUGGGAGUAGGAAGCCUCUCAUACUUCUAGGCGGAUAUGAAGUCCUACAAAAUUUUGAGUUUUGAUAUAUUUUUUUUCUCUUUCUUUUUGUGUGUUUUUGGUAAUUCAAAAUGUUUUACAAUAUAAAUGGCUUACUAAUUUCUAUUGCUAGUUUUAUGAGAGAAUUUGCUGAAAUUCCAUUGCCUAGGUGAAGCUUGUAUCAA